ACAGUGUUGUUUGAGACACGAUGAGGAGGAGUAGUGUCCAACAGUUGCGGUUUCAUUGUUCAGUUACUUAUAGUGCUGUGACACGUUAAACUAUAAUAUCCAAAGGCUUGGUAGAGCUUUGCAGUGUAAUUAAACUCAAAUUAGAUUUCAAAAGGUAACUCGAUGUCCGAUUUAUGAUAAUACUCACAUUGGAGAAUUAAAUGAAUGGAGAACCCUAGGAGAAUUAGAAGCCUCAGAUCUGUUAGAAGACCAUCGUAUUUUUAUACAUCAAACGAGCCAUUGUACGCCCGAGGCCUCGUGUGACGGACGGUUUCGGCCUCCCCUGAGUCCUGAAAUCAAGAAUAUACCGCCUGUGCCACCUAGCGUACCCGAAGACUACUUAGCUGGCACACCAUCCCCAUCACCAGUGAUGGCUCCAUUACAGGCUUCAUCACAAAUGAUAAAUUAUGUGCAGCAGACACAAGCUCCAUCACAGAUGUCUACACUAAUGACGAAUUCUGUGCAGCAGACACAGCCUCCAUCACAGAUCAUGUUUACACCGCUGACGAAUUAUGAACAGCAGACACAACCUCCACCACAGAUGAUGUCUACAGCAUUUAUGAAUUCCACGAACCAAACUCAGGCAUCAUCACAUAUGAUAGAAACUUCGGUGACAAAUUGUGUGCAGCAGAACCAGGCUCUGCCGCAAGUGAAACAUGUACAGAAUCUCACGAUCUCUGCUCAGCAACAGCCCAUGCAGCAGUUUGUUGCCGAUGAGCAGUCACCAACAUCAGAGAUGCACAUUCAACCUAAUUUUGGUCUUUCACAAAGCCAUAUUUAUCAAGUGGAACCUGAGUCAGAGGAUUCUGGGCAGUUGUCACCAGUCUCUGUGGGAGAGACAUCACUGCCCUAUACCAACCAAGGGAUGAUGGUGACAUCAAUGGCCAGUCUCCAAACCACCAACACUCCAUCAGAGACUGUAAUGCUGUGUUCACUACCCCAGAAGCAGGUUCAGCAUGCUGUGAUCUUGCCUCCGCAUACUCAGGUGCAGUCAACAUCCCACAUGGCUCCAAUGGUUGGUGUGGUAGAUGUUCCCGUCCUCAGUGAUUCUGAAGGUGAAUACGGAUUUCAGGUUACAGUUGAGGACAAGGAGCGCACUACUAAAAGCCCAAUGUGGUUGAUGAGCAGAAUCACUAAUAAAUUAUACACAAAUAUAAAUAAAGCCGUGCCAUUUGAAAUUUCCCUUAAGAAGCCUAUUGACAUCUCCCAGUUCUCCAUUCGAGCAGUUCCAGUAUUCUCCAGUCCCCAGUUUUUACGUACAAAUGUCAAUCGCUGUCCCAAUCAUGCCGCACCUGCAGACGCGACCAAUCAUGAUUUCCCAUUCACCGAGCACGUUGUGAGGGCUGACCACCCUGGGGCUCGCUAUGUGACAAGUUCCUCAGGGCGUUUGUCAGUUGUAGUCCCAUUAGACACACUGCAGGAUGGGUCAGAGUACACUCCCAUUCUUCUCAGGUUUAUGUGCCUUGGGUCUUGUGUUGGAGGUAUUAAUCGUAGACCCAUUGCCAUCAUACUUACACUUGAAAACCGUGUGGGUGAAGUAUGUGGCAGGAAAAUGAUUGAUGUACGUGUAUGUGCUUGUCCAACUCGAGAUAUCAAAACUGAUGAGCAAACCAUUUUGAACAAAGGAGGAAAACGGAAAGGGAGUACUGUUGUUCAAGAAAAAGUAUCACUGGUGGCUAGGAAAAAGCCAAGGACAUUGGAGCCAAAGACUGAACCCCAGGAUGAUGAUGAUAAAAUGUUUUACAUUCCAGUUCGUGGCCAUCAGUUGUACAAUUUCUUGCUUGACAUGAAAGCUGUAUACUACUGCAAUCAUCCAGACUAUGCCGCUAAAUACCCAGAUGAUAAUACUCGGCCCAACAGAUUUUCUACAAGACACAUAAGUGGUGAAAACUUUAAAGAAAGAUCUGAUUGGAGAUCUAGCACGGAAGAGAUGGAAGUGAAUACCUGGGACUCUGAAGCAGAUUCCCCACACCAGGUGACAUAUGAUGAUAAUCACACUGAUUCAUUUGGUGAUAUUCUAAAUACAAGUCCAUCGGCUCCAUUACAAUCACAAUUUACAAUACCUCCCAGAAUGAAAUUGAUGGUUGUGGGAAGAGAUAGAAAUGGUGUGGAACAUACUGGUGCUGUGAACACACAAAACAAUGAUAUAAAAGCUUGGUCCCAGACUACAGAAGCUGUUGUGAGCAGUUCACAGUUAUCUCCAGUAACAAUAUCUACAUCAUCUGAACUUCACAGUCAAGGUUUUGGUAAAUUAAACUUGAUUAACCAUCCCAAAGUGACUCCAAAGAAACAUGUGCCAGUUGUGCAAGUUUCCUCAUAUAAGCCCAGAGAGUUUCUGGUAAAGAGAUCAGCUUCUGAAUAUAGAUUUGGAAAUAUCAGACAGCCUGUUUCUUUGUCCAGAAGUUCUUCAUUGACACACAAACAAUAUGCAAAAGAUUAUAGAAAGCCUGCACCAGUAAAACUUGAAACAGAAUCAUUAAUAUCACGAGAAGAUCGUUUAUCACACGGGAGUCCAGAAAUGAUUGCUGCUAAUGUGCUGGUGGAAGGUUUUGCGAAGGAAAAAAAUAUGAGCAAUAAGUAAUGUGAAGUUAGGUUGAAAUUCCAUUGAUGUUGACGAUAAAAGUGAAAAACAUUUUACAUUAUCACCUGGAUAUUGGUGUGUGUGCCAGGUUAAAUUUAUGACAUUCAUAGACUGAUAGAAUGUCAAUAUAAAGUCAGAAAAAAGACAAGCAUAAUACUUAAUAUUACUUUGAACUUCCAUGGAACACAAACUACAUGUGCAAUAUUGAAACAUUUGUAUUUUGACUAUUUGUGAAAGUAUCAGGAACCACGAAGUGAGACUGGUAUCUACAUGUACAAUAGUGUAUGAAGUUUUGAAAAAUUAUGAAAUGGUUUAGUUUCUGUUCAUGUACAAAAUGUUCUUGUAAAUUUGGAGUUCGAUAUGAAUUUGAAAAUAUAUUUUGUGACAAGUAUUUUGUGUUAAUAUUUUCAAUGGGAUGAAACAUUUCGUAGAUAUUAAGUCCAUUUAUUGUAUAAUGCCUCAAAUGAUGGCAGAGCUUGUUACCUUGCCCUAACUGGUCAAGCAUAUGAUUCAUAAUUGGAAAAGAAGAUUAAGUUCCUUACUCACACAUAAUAAAUGAGUUCAAUGUUGGAUAUGCUCACCAAUGAUGGAACAAGCUUUUGGUGGGCAAGUACUAUAUCCUGCCAGGGGAAAGUGGUAACCCACUAGCUGUUUAAAUGAUAAAAAUUAAAAACAGAACCUGUUUGGCCACCCAGCAUCAGCAGAAAGGAUAUGAAUGAAAACAAUAUGUAUACUGUACACUGAACCCUGUUCAGACCUAAGAGGAUGGCUGGGAAUUGAGAGUGCAGUACUGACAAAUUUUUAUGUAGAGGUUGGGUGAGAUGGUUUGGGCAUGUAGAGAGAAUGGAGAUCAAUUGUGUCAAAGAGAUGCAUGGCCAGAGGUAGGCCAAGAAUGACAUGAGGAAAGGUUGUAAGAAAUGCCACCAGUGUUACGGGAAGAGCAGAAUGAGAGAGACUGCAAUAGAAUGCACAGCAAUAGAAUGCCAACAGUUAAUCACAGCUAGCCCAUGCAAUCAUGGAAAAUGGCCAUGAAAUGUUGAUGAUAAUGUCAGGGUGGUAACCCACAGAAUAGAAUAACUUAUGGUAUGUAUAUUAGGAAAAUUUACCAUAUUUGCUGGAGGUGUUCAUUGUUAUGUUUUUCAUACAAAUGAAUUCGAUAAACUAUGUUAUGAUACGCUUACUGUUUUGUAAUUUUUGGCUGAUAUUUUGUUUACUGUACAUAUAAUGUUGUCCCAUGAAUGUUUCAAUAUAUUAAGAUAAUAUAAGUAAACUUUACCCAUUAGAAAUUCCCACAAAAAGGAUUGGGUUGAAUUAAUAUUUUUAUACAUAUUCAUUACAACAAUACUGUAUCAACAGUAUGUAAACUGACAUCUGUACGUUAGUGCUAGUUGUUACUAAUAAUAUCAACAGUGGUACAAUCA